AUGUCCGUUGACCAAGUCUUUCAGUCAUGGUACAAGGGCGAUGAUGCGAAUAAAGCGGAUAUAGCGCAAGAGGCCUUCAAGUCGGUUAAGAAACACUUCGAGCAGAGCAAUUCAUUAAGUAGUGACGAGAAGGCUCUUUUGGGGAAGAAGUCAUCGUUACAAGAUGUUGAAAAGGCAGUUAGCGAUGCUUUCGCGAAGUAUGAGGCUAAGAGCGAAGCCUCGAAAACACGGAAAUGGCUAUUGAAAGCUUCUGAAUCAAUAUGCCAUUAUGGCCAAGUACUCGAUGUCUUUGUUCAGCAUCAUCCUGAAUACGUCUCAUUAGCCUGGGGACUAAUGAAGUUGAUGUUUAUUAGCGUGGUCAAUCAUGGCGAGACGCUCAAAUUGUUGUCAAAGUCGCUUUUUGAGGUGGCACAGCGUCUUCCGCGCAUCGAACAUCUUUCCGCCCUGUAUCCGACCAAGAACAUGAAGCUAGCCAUCGAAAGCCUCUACUCUGGUAUAAUGGAGUUUCUACUCAUAGCUCACUCGUGGUGCAAUGAGUCAAGGUUCAAGCAUAUUUACCACAGCUUCACAAGGCCACACGAGUUGCGCUACAGCGAUCUCUUGCAGAGGAUUGAAACUUGCACGGGCAACAUCAACGAACUUGCAACCGUGGGAUCACAAACUGAGCUUCGAGUUAUGCACAACACCCAGUCAUCAAAGCUAAACGAAAUCAUCUUAAGUUUGCAAACCAGUGAGAAGACUAGACAAGCACAGAUAGAUGGCCUCAAUUGCGCUAUCUCAAGAUUGGAGAUAUCGAGUCGAGAUCAUGACAGGAAGCUCGACUUGAUCAUGCAAUGGCUUGAGGCUUCUGGGUUGACAAUUAACGACUUGUUGACAAAGAUAGAGACUUUCCACUCUAUUCAGACAAGUUCACAGAUAGAUACCAACCAAAAGCUCUCUUCUCUGCAGUUAUCCCAAGCAUUGGCAACCUUUUCUCAGAGCCUUGAAGAUCCCAAGUCCUUGUAUAAACACCACCUAUUCCUUCGCAAUCGACGGGCGUCGGGCAGAGGAGUAGCAAUCUCCACCAACGAGUUCUGGUUAUCGCCCAAGCUUGCCAAAUGGUCCUCUUGUCCACAUUCUUCCCUCACUAUCAUCAGAGGCAGUUUCACGACCCGUUGGGCGAUCCAGGAUUUUGCUAUAGAUAUCAUACAGGCAGUCACCAUGAUGAACAUACCAGCUAUUUGGGUAUUGGGUAGCGCAACCAAGACGAGCCCCAAUGCGAUGCUGAGUCCUGCCGACUUAGUGAGGUACCUGACUUACCAAGCGCUACAAAUCGAGGGAACAGUUACGACAGAAAAGCAGAUGUCAUUGCGACAUUCGCAACUCGAGGAAGCGAAAACUAGUCAAGACUGGCUUGCACUCUUCAAGUUGAUCAUGCAAGACUUGGGAGGUCAGAUCUAUAUCAUCAUUGACCUUGCGACUGUGGGCUCUGGUGCGAAAGGAUCUGGCCAAGUCAACUUGAUCUACCAACUGAACGAAAUGUUGGAAGACCUGGAUCUAAGGGUACUGAACACGGAUGCGAACCUUAGCCACGGAUGGUCCCUCGGGACUGGUAUUCGUAUCAAGAACAGUUCGUGUCCAUUAUGCCGCCUUGUCGUAUCUCACUGGGACGCAGACUUCAUCGCUUCUUCGUCCACCGUUGAGGUUAAGCUUUAUUGGGUAUUGGGGCCUGCCGGUCGUCAGGGUUUCUGGACUGUUAAGGCUCGACCUGAUACCCUUAUUUGCUUCAGUUCAGGCAUGGAGACGUCUGGUCAACCUAAUCCCACCUUGGAAUUCUUUCUUGAGCCGUGGACAGGCCCUAUGGUGUACACUUCUAGGAUGUUACGCUGGAUCUCAUCUUGCGAAAAACUCCAUCACUCGAUAUGUGCGAUGCCGACAAACUUACCUUUUCCCGAGGCAUUCCCUGGUCUCCGCGUCGUCCGCUUCAUCGAUAUCGAGGACCAGUGUAUCGUAGAAAUGGCGAGGGUUGAGAGGUAUAUCGCUUUGAGCUAUGUAUGGGGAGCUGUGGCAAACUUUCGACUCACCAAGGCGAAUCGAACGACGCUCCUCAUGCGCGGAUCCCUAGAAAGGGUCUUCAAUAUGCUUCCAAACACAAUAAAAGACGCUAUCACUUUGACAAGGCGUCUUAAGUGCCGAUAUCUAUGGGUUGACGCGCUUUGCUUGCUUCAAAAUGACACCAAUGAUUUGGAGCUAGGCGUCAAUGUUAUGGACCUUGUCUACGAGAGAGCUUGGUUGACAGUUGUCGCAGCUUGUGGUCACGAUGCUAACGCACGACUCCCCGGUGUGCGGGAAGGGACUAGGGUUGGUUCUCACAACACAUCCGAGAUUGUGCCCGGCGUCCAGAUGGGAAUUGUGGCAGGUUUAGACGGACUGCUCAAACGCUCAGUCUAUGGCUCCAGAGCAUGGACUUUUAAAGAGCACGUACUAUCUCGCCGAGUUCUCUACUUCAUUGACAACAAGGUCUUCUUUCGUUGCCGUGCAGCAGAGCAUGCCGAGCACUUUGUAGACGACCUAUCACAACCCUUGGUUGACUCGACAUCGAGAUCUCUGCUUCCGAGUGACGUGCUCAUGAAUGACCCGGCGUUCAGUUUAUCGAUAAUGCUCUUCUACUAUACCAAAAGGGUCUUGACAAACCAGAACGACGCAUCACGGGCGAUGGCUGGCAUUACCAGGCGAAUUGCAGAGCGAAUGAAGUGUGAAUUCUUCCAGGGCCUUCCAGCAGCCAUGUUUGACCUUUUUAUCACAUUCCUUGCAUGCGGCACCACUAUCCACAGGCGCUCUACAUUUCCAAGUUACUCGUGGACAGGCUGGCGCGGUUCUGUCGAUGUGGACUUACAACUUUCUAAUGAGAGUAUGAGUUGGCCCGAGAACAUCAACAUUUGGCUCACGGACAGGACGUGGAUCAUAUGGUAUAAGCGGAACUCUUCUGGCAUUGCUAGUCUUGUCUGGGAUCCGGAUGCAAACCCAUCAUUCCCAUUGUUAGAUUUACGCUAUGCGGGAUAUCGUUACCGACGCCCUUUCUCUGUCGGUAGACAUGUUCCCCGACGGCUGGACACAAGGCGAACAAUGCCGACCGAACAAGUGUCAUUCUCUCGGGGAUUGCCAUCUUACCCCAUCCUACAGUUCUGGACCCUUUCUUUGUUCUACAGAAUCUCUGGCGUUGAUGUUUUUAGGGCCACUGGAUAUCUUCAAGAUUCUAACAACAAGAAGUGCGGUUUUGUUUGGCUGGAUGGCUUUGAAGAAACGGAAUUCUUUGAAUCGCGCGCCCCCUUUGAGAUCAUACUUCUUUCCGAGGCAUCACACCACAAAUCUUUGGCCUACUCUUUGGUACAGUGGCAGUAUCAGUACCCUCUAGCAGCAGGUCAAUGGAAUUAUUAUAAUAUCAUGAUUCUCGAGUGGCACGGCGGAAUAGCUGAAAGGCGAGGUUUUGGUCUGCUUCACCAAGGGGCUGUUGAGUUUAGCCUAGCUCCUGGUCCGUCUUGGAAGGAAAUAUUUCUGGCAUAG